AAGAUCUGGGGAAAUUGUCAAGGUAGAAGAAGAGCCAACACACACACGUAUAAUAUACUUUUAUACACGUGGAUGUAUAUGCUCCACCAAACCUCUCCAGUCCAGGUACCCACUCGCUGUCUACUCACCUUGUAAUCACCUAUUGAUAUGGAAAUGAACUACUCUCCACCCCUUGGAAACGCCUAUUGAUAUGGAGAUGGACUAAGGCCAGGUUGUCAUAGAAUGUUCUCUUCACCACUCAAUCAUAUCUACUUACACAAGCAGUCAAGCAGUCAACAAAGAAGAAAUUUCUUUUUCCGGAGACAAAGAGAUAUUUCACACAGUAUAGUUUCACCGGCGGCAGUUUCUUCAGCUCAUCCAGUCCCUAAGCGCAUAAAGAAGCCAGACUAUGUGACGACAGGCAUUGUACCCGAGUGGGGAGACAGCAUAGAAGUUAAAAAUGAAGAUCAGAUUCAAGGGCUUCAUCAAGCUUGUCAGCUGGCCCGUCAUGUCCUCCUUCUUGCUGGGAAGAGUUUAAAGGUUGACAUGACAACUGAAGAGAUAGAUGCUCUUGUUCAUCAGGAAAUCAUCAGUCAUGAUGCCUAUCCCUCACCUCUAGGCUAUGGAGGUUUUCCAAAAUCUGUUUGUACCUCUGUAAACAAUGUGCUUUGUCAUGGUAUUCCUGACAGUCGACCUCUUCAGGAUGGAGAUAUUAUCAACAUUGAUGUCACGGUCUAUUACAAUGGCUACCAUGGAGACACCUCUGAAACAUUUUUGGUGGGCAAUGUGGAUGAAUGUGGUAAAAAGUUAGUGGAGGUUGCCAGGAGGUGUAGAGAUGAAGCAAUUGCAGCUUGCAGAGCAGGGGCUCCCUUCUCUGUAAUUGGAAACACAAUCAGCCACAUAACUCAUCAGAAUGGUUUGCAAGUCUGUCCACAUUUUGUGGGACAUGGGAUAGGAUCUUACUUUCAUGGACAUCCAGAAAUUUGGCAUCAUGCGAAUGACAGCAAUCUACUCAUGGAGGAGGGAAUGGCAUUCACCAUAGAGCCUAUCAUAACCGAGGGGUCCCCUGAUUUUAAAGUCCUGGAGGAUGCAUGGACUGUGGUCUCCCUGGACAACCGAAGGUCGGCACAGUUUGAGCACACUGUUCUCAUCACGUCGCGGGGCGCGCAGAUCCUGACCGAACUGCCCCACGAAGGCUGAGGAGAAGACCGAAGGUCGCAGAGGCCGGGCGCCUUUUAUCUUACUGCUGAAAUCCCGCCGGAGAACUUGUGGAAGAAACAGGCGAGCGGCAGGUCGCUCAGUAACAUAACCGGCUCCUAGCAGCGUCUUGGAAAGACCCGGUGGGGGUUGGGGGCAGUUGGGAACUCCGGUCUGAAGUCCUGCAAUUGCCGUGCCACUUGGGAGGGAGGAUCCCGGCGCGCAGUUCGGCUUCCCAGCGCGGAAAACGCUUCUGGCGGGGAAUGGGGACGUCCUCGUUUGGAAGACGAGGGGUUCCCAGAGAUGCAUGGUUUUCUCUUUCCAUGUCUUGACUGCCCAAGUAAAAAGCUUUCACCUCC